UUACAUCACCGUCAUAAAGUUGAACCAGAUCCGGUUGGCUUAUGCAUGAACUCCCUUUUAUCUGGGGUUCCUGUCACCGGUGUAUAGCCUGGCCCAUCCAGGUUGACGUCAAUGCAGCCAUUUACUUCUUCUCAUCUACGCUUGCCUUCUCGAGAAGAUAAGACAUUCAUGCAGACCAUAAUCCCUCUGCUCAAGCAAACGCAUCGAGCAAAGCCGCUUCCGUUUACCUCAUCAAUUUGCUACUUCCGGUUGGCAUGCAUUAGCCUUAUCUGGGGUUCGGUCACCAGAAGGCUGCCUGCCGCCUGCAGGAGCACCUUCUGAUAUGGGAUUUGGGUUGCAUGUAUAAUAAUAAUUACAUGUGACAAAAGCCAAAAAGGCUAACGAAAAGGGUUUAGGGUGAGGGAAAAGAAGUGAAAAGGAAGAAGGAAAAUAUCUCAUGCAGGAACCCAGAAUAGAAAACCCACUCCUUUUGGAGCAAGACUUGCGAGCUCGAGCAGGAGUGCAGAUAUUUUCUCGACGUCGAUCGUCCAUUGUCAUCAUAAGAACGAUCGAUGAAUACGAAGCAGAUCUUUCAUGUCUGACAUUCGAACAAACACAUGAUGUUCCGCUGUUAUGAUGCGCCUCAUCUCGUCGAAGUACGGUACAGUGCUUUUGUGUCCUACGUGGGGCACCAAGGAACACGGUUGCACCACCAUCGGCACGUACUGCAGAUGGAGUGAGCAUAAACAAGACUGCCAUAAAAACCUCGUCCCGGACAACUCCCCCGCAGUUUUCUCAGCGCACUUAUUGUUUCCUGUAGCGCACAAGAACAGGGAACAGUUGCGGGACUCGUCGGCCUCCUCCUGCCCUGUGGAUGGAUGUCAACGUUUGAAUGUGAACGCAAUUGAAAGGUGUCCACGAGGUCAGGGGCAAGGUCAAGGUCAAGGUUUAGGUCUCAAGGCACAGUGACGAUCGUGGAUGGAAGACCAACAGGAGUGCGAUGCUCUGCAAUGUCCGUGCGACCAUCUCUCGUGAAUCUUGCUACAUGUAGCUGGUUAGUUCAUGACUUACGCAGUGGGCAGAAAUGUGGGUUGGUCGGGUUCCGACUGGAAUGACGGCCAAGUUUGUUUCAUCUGUUAUUGAUGUAGUCGGUCAAGUCACUGAUACGUGGAGUCAGUGACUUGAAUUUCGUGAAUCAAAGUCAAAAGUUUUCUCAUUCCUCCCUCCCCCCGAUGACCGUCAAAGCUUCAUGCAGGUCGGACUGGUUCCAGACACCGAAUCUUUGUUAUCGCCUCUCAGACCUAAAAAUGAUGCAUUCCAGCUCGUAAACUCGAACUCGAGAAGAACUGGGAGAGGAUGGAUUGCUUCAGCUAAAUUAAGACAAUUAUAAGCUCCCAUAGCUACAGCUCACUUAGCCUCGACAUCGAUCUGCUGGCUGCACUCGAAAGCAGCCCGAAACUUUCGACAUGAAAAUUCCAAAGAUUCGAAAUUGGUUGCCCAAAGAUUUCAUCGUAAAGGUGUGAAAACUGGCGACGAAACGAAAAACGUGAGUCUGAAGGAUCGCAAGACGCAUUCACCAGGAGUAGUCGAGAGAUGUAGUCCACUACAGAUCACCACAACAAGGACGCGAGCCUAAUUCUAAGAAUCUCGACGAAGAAAUUGUGUGCCCAAAAGCGGAGUGACAUAAGUGCAAGAAGGGUGCAAAAGAAAAACAGACUCUCAGCCCAUGAAGAAAGAAUAGCGAAACAAAUGGCCGGUCAGAACGCUGGCAACGACAUUGCUUACUUCCGACCGUCUGUCAGUGGCCAUCUAUUGGAAAAGGCUAUUCUGCAGAAGAGGUGCAUGCAUACGCAGUGCAGUUCCGGACCAGUGACCGCUGAACGCGGGGAUAUUCGAAAGCAGUUCAGGCCCACACAUGCACAGCCAUCCCCUUGAGAGAGAAUAUGGAUGAAAGUCGUGCACGAUCGGCAGAAACAAACGAGCGAGGACUGUCUUGCAUUAGAUCGAGAGAAUGGAAGGUUCAGGGAAAACAAAUCAAAUCAGGAAAAAACGAGACAGAGUGGGGUAAUUUUAGCAUUCUCGUUUUCAACCUGGCGUUGUGCGCUAGUGGGCUAACGAUUCUCGCCUACUAGAAGUAGAUGAGAUCGGGUACCCGAGAACUUAUCAUCUUUAACAUGAUAUGGAUGACUCGUCAUGUGGAAAAGUUCUCUCAGAUUCUUCACCAUCAUCACCAAGUUCCAGAAAUUUGUCUACAUCGUUCUCCUCACCAGCAAACAGAGUAUAUGCUGCACAUGAAGAAGAGUUUGUUGAUACACGACUUCAAAAGCGACUCAUGAUUUCCUGAGAUGAUGAGAAAUGUGUAACAAAGAGUUCUAUAACUUGCAAAAGUCAUGCAAGUCUUUGUACUACUACUAGGGCCCCGCCGUUAUCGAAACUUGUUGCAAUCUCAUGGCU